UUCCUCGUUGGAUUCCAACCUCUGCGUUCUCGAUUUAUGCCGGUGCGCGACAGACGCCGCCGCCGCCUUUGAUCUCGUCAUCGGUGGAUCCCGACUGAGCGCUAUCACCUCUCCCUCUCUCUCUAAUUUGCCAAAUUGUAGUAUUUCCCCAUCAUCGAAUCGCUUGCGAGUUAGCAUCUUGUUUUCGAGUAUGUCCGCCCUCAAUGAUGGCAGUUCGUCCCCUCGAUCUCAGGUCACCAUUGAGCAGCGUGCCUCUCGAUGCUUCGAUGAUCUCCUCGAAUCCAUCAUCGUGGAUGUCGCAUCGGAAUGCCAUCGGAUAGCGAGGUUGGGCCUAGACCUCAAUCUGGAAGUGGAAGAGGAGGAGCUUCGGCUCUCCGCGCAAGCCCGGAUGGCGGAUCCUAGCUGCAGUAGUGAAUCAAAUAGCAAAAAUGUGGUGGACAUCUUCGGCCAGACUCAUCCACCCAUCGCUAGCGAGACCUUCAACUGCAUGAACUGUGGUCGGCCUGUCACGGCUGGAAGGUUCGCUCCUCACCUAGAGAAGUGCAUGGGCAAGGGCCGUAAGGCGCUCACGAAGAUCACCAGAAGCACUACAAUUGCAAGAAACCGGCAUGCUCGUGGCAGUCCAGUGACGGUCUAUGCUCCAUAUUCCACUAGUACUAACAGUAACAUAGUUCCCGAAGGCACUCCAAGGACAGCCAGGGAGGAAUUUGCAGAAUACACAUUCGAGGAGCCGUGACAUUUCUUCAAAGAGUCCAUUCAACUUCAAGAUGGCUCAUUCCCCUUAUCAAGUUCAUGAAGAUUAUGAGGUGCACAUUGUCCAAAAAUUGCUAUUGAGAAUUCCGGAUUGGCGCUUAGUUCACAGAUUCAUGUAAACUUUUUUCAUGUUGAACCCGUGCAGCAUGUUGUUUUCACUCAUCAAAGCUGAAGUUUGUCAAACUGGAUUUAGCUGUUGUUUUUGUUUGCUUGAGCCACAAAUGGUUGCCAUUAAAUACAAAGAGCAUUUGUAUCUGGAGGUAGAUUUAUUCUCCAAAAUGGAUAAAUAGAAAUGUUUAUGGUUUUCUGCGGUA